UCGCGCCGCCCGCAGGGCUGCGGCGGCCGCGGCGCUUCGCGGAGUCGCUGACGGACGCGCGGACGCGGUGACUGACGGCCGGCCGAGCGGACCCGAGGCCGGUGCCUUGUUGUUGGCAGUAUGCAUGAGACCACUGCCUGCCUGCCUCCUUUCCUUUGGAUUUCUUUUUUAAGUUUUUAUUUAUGACCAGAAGAGUGAGCACAGCAAGAAUCACACUCAGCAGCAAUGUCAGCGGAACUGGAGACCUCAGAGGCGGUGGAUGAGUCAGAGAAAAGGAGCUCUGGGGCCUCAGAUAAAGAAAACCACACCAGGAUGGCCGACCUCUCCGAGCUCCUGAAGGAGGGGACCAAGGAAGCACAUGACCGGGCAGAAAACACCCAGUUUGUUAAGGACUUCCUGAAAGGCAACAUCAGGAAGGAGCUGUUUAAGCUGGCCACAACUGCACUUUACUUCACAUACUCCGCCCUCGAGGAGGAAAUGGAACGCAACAAGGACCACCCAGCCUUUGCCCCCUUGUACUUUCCCACGGAACUACACCGGAAGGAGGCACUGACCAAGGACAUGGAGUAUUUCUUCGGUGAGGACUGGGAGGAGAAGGUGCGGUGCUCUGAGGCUGCCCAAAAGUAUGUGGAGCGGAUCCACUACGUGGGGCAGAAUGAGCCAGAGCUGCUGGUAGCCCAUGCCUAUACUCGCUACAUGGGGGACCUCUCGGGGGGCCAGGUGCUGAAGAAGGUGGCCCAGCGGGCCCUGAAACUCCCUAGCACGGGAGAAGGGACCCAGUUCUACCUGUUUGAGAACGUGGACAAUGCACAACAGUUCAAACAGUUGUACCGGGCCAGGAUGAAUGCCUUGGACUUGAACCUGAAGACCAAGGAAAGGAUUGUGGAGGAGGCCAACAAGGCCUUUGAGUACAACAUGCAGAUAUUCGAUGAACUGGACCAGGCUGGCUCCUUGUUGGCCAGAGAGAUCCUGGAGGACGGAGUCCCAGUGCACGAUGGGAAGGGAGACAUGCGUAAAUGCCCCUACUAUGCUGCUAAACCAGACAGAGGUGCCCUGGAGGGCAGCAGCUGCCCCUUCCGAACAGCCCUGGCUGUGCUGAGUCAGCCCAGCCUGCAGUUCAUUCUGGCUGCUGGCGUGGCCCUGGUUGCCAGCUUCCUGGCUUGGUACUACAUGUGAAGGACCCAUCAUACCACGUUGGCACCCUCUUCCCAAAUGACCACUGGCCUGCCCCUGCCUCCACCGGUGACUGAACUACCACCUCAGGUGACUUUUUUUUUUAAAUGCUGGGUUUGAGAAAACAAGCAACCAAUAAAAGCCAGACGCUAAAGCCUCUGCCUGUAGCGUCCUCUGUGGGCUUGAUGCUGAGCUGGCUGCAGAUCCACCAUUCCUGCAGCCAUGAGGCCUUGGCUCCGGGAGCAGCCAGUGCAACUCAGCAGGCCAGCCUGGGCCUCUGGAACCAGCUCUGCUCCUGGGGCGUCCACACUGCUCACCCUGAGGCUCCUUCCCUCACUCUUCUCCUGUGUUGGCAUUUAGGUGGGAACCAUUCCUCUGAUGGGCAUAGUGAAGCCUGCAAGCCCAGGCUGCUGUAGCUCUGUGGGAGGGAGGGAGCCUCUCCUGGGGGAGGAGAAGGGGUGGCUUGCACCGUCCUGAACCAACCAGUCCUCAUCCCUCUCAAGCAGAAACCCUGGAGAGGGGGUCUAUUUAGCCAUGGCCCAUCGCCUGCCUCCCUUGACCUGUGUAAAUGCUACAGCACUCAAUAAAGUGGACUCUGA